AUGGAGGCAAAAACUUCUACUCAAUCAAUCACUGCAGGAACUGUAGAGAAGAAACAGAAUUCACCAAUGGACGCACAAAAUGACACCCAAAAUGCAGCACAGUCUUCAAUUGAAACUGAGAAAAGCGGAAAUGUGGAGGAGAAGAUCGCAAUUGAUUGUAAAAAGAAUGUGGGUGUAGUUGAGAAGUCAGGGUUAGCUAGUGAAAUGACAGUGGAAGCAGAGAAUCUGGGUUGCGAAGGAGGCAGAUGGAAGAGUAAGGUUUAUGCGUUUGUGGGUACGCUUCAUGAUGCCAAGAAGGCAUCGGAGAAGCACUCAAAAGUUGAGUUCUUCAGAAGGGAUAUCAAAGGCUCUCUUGCAGUGACUGGGAGUGUGAAAACGCGAAGCGGUUAUGUAGCCAUGUACGUGGGGAAAGAAGGUAAACGAUACGAAGUUCCAGUGAAAUAUCUUUCCAACCCAGUAUUCCAAGAACUGCUUAGGCGAUCGCAACAUCAAGAUCUCGACUACAAGAUUGAAGGGGCAAUUCGCAUUCCUCACUCUACCGCUUUUUUCGAUCAGUUCUUAAGGAUUAUGAAGGAAAAAUAG